CUUCCGGAACACACCCACUCUCCUCUCAGUGCCCACUCCAGUUCGCUCGGAGUGAGGAUGAAGGUGCAGAACAUUCGGACCCUUUCUCUCAUCCUGUGUAUGAUAUCCUACCUGCUUGUGGGAGCCGCGGUGUUCGACGCCCUCGAGUCCGAGACCGAGAGCUCGAAGAAAAAAAUCCUGGAACAAAAGCUCAAUGAGCUGAAGAAGAAGUAUGGAUUAACUCAGGACGACUACCGGGAGAUAGAGAGAGUGGUUCUACAGUCGGAGCCACAUCGCGCGGGGAGACAGUGGAAAUUUGCGGGAUCUUUUUACUUUGCCAUCACUGUUAUCACAACAAUUGGUUAUGGACAUGCUGCUCCAGGCACAGACUCUGGCAGGACAUUCUGCAUGUUCUAUGCUGUUCUGGGCAUCCCACUGACACUGGUCAUGUUCCAGAGCAUGGGGGAGAGGAUCAACACGUUAGUCCGCUACCUCCUCUGCAGGCUCAAGUGCUGCAUGGGAUUACGGUGGACUGACGUGUCCAUGGGGAACAUGGUGCUGGUUGGCCUCCUGUCCUGCAUGAGCACCCUCUGUGUUGGGGCAGCAGCCUUCUCCCACUUUGAGGGCUGGACCUUCUUCCAUGCCUACUACUACUGCUUCAUCACGCUCACCACCAUCGGCUUCGGGGACUUUGUGGCCCUGCAGAAGAAGGAGGCCCUCCAGAGAAGGAUUCCCUAUGUGGCCUUCAGCUUCAUGUACAUCCUGGUGGGGCUGGCUGUGAUCGGGGCUUUCCUGAACCUGGUGGUGCUGCGCUUCCUCACCUACAGCACACAGGAGGGAACCAGGAGCCUGGAGGUGGAGCGAGAGGAGCAGGCAGCAGUGCCUACGAGGCCAUGGGGUGGGAAGGCGGUGGAGGAGGCAGAUGUGGAAGCAUCAGCACGGGACAGAUUUGAUGGGAUGGAGCAGAAGAAGCUGAGGAUGGGCAUAGUAGCCGCUGUAACUUCUCCCUUUCCAUGGAUGGAGGCACCAGUCGUACCAACCUCAUCCUUUGUCCAUCUGAGGAGCUCAGGGGGACCCCUGGGGUCAGGGAAUCUGCUAAGCACCCUGAGUUCUGCAUCAGCGCCCUCUGCUCCUGUAUGUGCUUCAGGCUGUGUGCCUGUGACAGCCCCUUUCCAUCCCGCUGUGAGCACUCAGGCUGUCACAGCAACCCUCUCUUCUACAACUCCAUCUCCUACAGGGUGGAUGAAGCCUCUUGCAGCUCCAGGGGCACCUCAGCCCAGUCCUCCCCCAGCAGCGGUGCCCUUUUCCUGGGGAUGAGCAGUCCUCACACACGGAGGAAGUCAGUAUAGCUACCUGGAUUGUUGGGAUUGACUCUGGACUGAAGUUGCCUUUGUUCUUAUCUUUUGAUGUGAAUCUCUGAGAGGAAUACAGUGCAGAUAGAGAUGCUACUGAUUCUCUGAAGGUGGAACAAAUUGUUUGUUUUUCCUGUUAAAAAAAGGUAGCAUUUAGAGGUUUCUGUUUAUUUUUACAGUCAAAAUGUAGCUUUUACAGAUAUCCUGUUCUGCAUUGUAUUUUGCAAUUGCAUUUUUUUCUAUAGAUAAAGAGAUGAUUUAUACAGGUAAAGAUUGUAUAAAAUUGUGAAAUAAAAAUGUAAUACAUCUUCAAUAUGUUCAUUAUCUUGAAGGAAUUUCCAUUAUUAGUAGUAAAUGCUUUCUUGACAAAUGAAUGAAAGUUGAAAAUAUGGGCAUUACGAUGGAAGUACUUUACAGCACACAAGAGGAAAAGAUCUGUUCCCCAGACCUGCAUUCAUUUGCUUAUUGAGCAAUAGCUUACAUUACACAUAAAUGAUAAAAUAUCUAAAAGUGUUGUAUGAAUAGACUUGUUACCAUCUCUACGUUUCAUCACGAUAGACUACCUAAUGAGGAUGUGUAACACUGAUGAGGGAGAGAGAGAGCCACAGGUGGGGCUAUUCAAACCAAUUCAUAUUUUUAAUCUCAGACGUUCCUUCAUGAUGUCACCUUCGACCUGCAGCUUAUUUCUAGUCUGUAAUAAUCUGUUGAUUUC